AUGGGCGAAAAACCAAAGCUCGUAACGAUCGACCCAAACGGCGACAUGCUGAUCAAGCUCAAAUACCGGAGUACCGCGCAGUCGAAGUGGAGAAACGAGAGCGAAUCUGUAGAAGAUUGGAUCGCCCAGGCAGAGGCCGCCAAAGCGAUUAUCGAGAACGAAACUGCGCUACCGGAGCCGGAACCUACCGAAGUCCACUACCUCGUGUCAUCGCGACAGUUGCGCAUCGUUUCACCAUACUUCGAAAAAAUGUUCAAGCGGAACUACGACGAGACUGUUCCGAAUAGCGAGGACGGUCUGUAUCACGUACGAGCGCAGCAGUGGAACCCGCAUGCCCUUGCUAUCAUGCUCAAUAUUGCGCAUCUCCAGUUCGCGGCUAUACCGAAGACGCUCAGCGUUACGUUGUUUGUUGCGCUGUUUCUGGUUGCAGAUUACUACCAAAUGGAAGAUGCGCUGAGGCUGUUUACGAAAGAGUGGAAAGAUCAACUCUAUGAGCUUCCGGUGCCCAAACAUUACGGCGAAGAGUCAAUGCUGUGGAUGUUCUUGGGUGUGAAGCUGAAAAGCUGGAAUAUAUUUGAGAGCAUGGCAUCUCUGGCAAUUAGGCAGGCGUGUCAUCCGAUACAGUUCUUGGAUCUACCCUUUCCACGCGGUGAAAAAGGUGAGUGA